AACACAUUUGUAUUAUUUUGUAACUAGUUUAUAAUUUAUAUAUGAAAUUAUUUAUGUAUUUAAAAUGUCAGAAGCUACGACUUCUUGUGGAUCCGAUCAAGUAGUGAAAGUAGAACCAAUAGAUUACUCAAUACAAGAAAUUGCUGAUGAAAAUGGUGAAGAGUCAGAAAACGAGCCUUCUGAAGAAUUCCCUUAUCCCGAAGUAACUUUAGACGAAGAUGUAAGAGAAACCAGCAACAAAACCAACCAGGAACAAACAUUUCAACAAUUUAGUCUCGAAGCAUUAAAAUGCUUUGUUUGCAAGAAAACAUUCUCAGACUCUGCACAAUUAACAAAACAUAUGAACACCCACACUAAACAAUUCAAAUGUGAAACCUGCAACAAAGAGUUCAACCACAUAAAAAAAUUGAGGCGACACAAGUCAGUACAUGGAGAACGGCCUCAUAAAUGUACUAUAUGCAGUAAAUCCUUCCCCUUUGCAAGCAAUUUAAAAAAACACAUAGCCAUCCACACUGCAGAGUACUCCUACAAAUGCGAUGUAUGUGAAAAAUCCUUCACCCGUGCUGAUAAUUUAAAACAACACAUCUACACGCACACCGGAGAACGGUUUUACAAAUGUGAUAUGUGUGAUAAGACGUUCACCCAUUCUGGGCAUUUAAAGACUCAUCUAGUUACCCAUACCGGGGAAAGACCUUAUAAAUGUAAACUGUGUGAUAAAGCGUAUAGUUUUUCGAUUAAUCUAAGAAGACAUAAGUUGACUCAUACAGGGGAAAGACCGCAUAAGUGUGAGAUUUGUGGUAAGGGAUUCACGCAAUCUGGACAUUUGAAGACGCAUAUGGAGUCUCAUGCUAAGGAGAGUCGGUAUAAAUGUGAUUUGUGUGAUGAAACAUUUGCUUAUAUUAAUGCUCUGAAAAAACAUCGGAGGGUACACAAGAAGAAAAAAUCAGAAUUGUAA